GAGGUAUAGGUACGAGUGCGUGAUUCCCCUUCUCCCGUUCUCCGCUGGUUUUGCCAUUCUCGACAUCGGAAGGAAGCAUGGGGAGAACGGAAGAAAUUUUGACGCAGCUUCUCGGCGUUGAAAUGGAGCUUCAGGAUGUUCAAGAGCAAAUAAAGACGCUGCUUGAUCAGCAAGAGAAGCUAUACGCGAGGCAGUCGGAGCUCAAGGCACUCCUCGAACAUGAUGAAUCUUCUAGAAGCCAAGAAGAAGGGGAAGCUUCUGUUUCCAUGGAGGAUUGGACAGGAUCCUUUGAAUGGGACUCAGAAGCAGAUGAUGUUAGGUUUAAUGUUUUCGGCAUAUCUUCAUAUCGUGCAAAUCAGAGAGAGAUCAUAAAUGCAAUCUUGGCAGGGAGGGAUGUUUUAGUAAUUAUGGCUGCCGGAGGAGGCAAGAGCCUGUGUUAUCAACUUCCUGCCCUCCUUAAAAACGGCGUAGCUCUAGUUAUUAGUCCUUUGCUAUCCCUUAUUCAGGAUCAGGUUAUGGGUUUGGCUGCUUUAGGUAUCAGAGCAUUCAUGUUGACAUCAACAACAAACAAGGACGAUGAGAAGUUCAUAUACAAAGGUUUGGAAAAGGGGGAAGGAGAUUUAAAAAUAUUAUACGUCACACCAGAAAAGAUAUCAAAGAGCAAGAGAUUUAUGUCAAAAUUGGAAAAAUGCCAUCACGCUGGCCGUCUCUCUUUGAUUUCUAUUGAUGAGGCACAUUGUUGCAGUCAGUGGGGCCAUGAUUUUCGUCCAGACUACCGAAACCUUGGUAUCUUAAAAACACAGUUUCCUGGUGUGCCAGUGGUUGCAUUAACUGCCACUGCUACAAAGAAAGUGCAGGAUGAUCUGAUGGAUAUGCUUCGCAUUCCAAGAUGUGUGAAAUUUGUCACCUCUGUAAACAGACCCAAUCUCUUUUACAUGGUACGUGAAAAAUCUUCCGUUGGAAAGACAGUAAUUGAUGGAAUAGCUGAAUACAUACAAACAUCAUAUCCAAACAAUGAAUCUGGGAUACUAUAUUGCUUUUCUAGAAAAGAAUGUGAACAGGUUGCAAAAGAAUUGCGAGACAGAGGAAUUUCAGCUGAUUUUUAUCAUGCAGAUAUGCACACCCAUGCACGCGAGAAAGUUCAUACGAGGUGGAGUAAUGGCCAAUUGCAAGUCAUUGUUGGCACGGUGGCAUUUGGAAUGGGGAUCAACAAGCCAGAUGUCAGGUUUGUUGUUCACCACAGUCUAAGCAAAUCAAUGGAAACAUAUUACCAGGAGAGUGGACGAGCUGGAAGAGAUGGGCUUCCUUCUGAAUGCUUGCUAUUCUUUAGACCAGCUGAUGUUACUAGACAGAGCUCAAUGGUCUUCUAUGAAAAUUCAGGGUUGCAAAAUCUUUAUGACAUUGUGCAGUAUUGCCUGUCUAAAAAGAAAUGCCGGAGAGCAGCUUUCUUUAGGCAUUUUGCUGAACCUCUACAAGAUUGCAAUGGGAUGUGUGAUAACUGUGCCUCCUACAAUGAGAUCAAGGAAUUGGAUGUAUCUGCUCAUGCGAAAUCCAUUGUAUCGUUGCUGCUAGAAAUUCAAGAAAAUGACCAAAGAGUAACGAUGUUGCAGUUAGUUGACAAGUUAAAGGUCAGGAACAAGGGUGUGGACCCUGAGCUUAAAAAGGAGGAUUUGGAACUUAUUGUUGUACAGCUUGUGGUGGAUCGCAUUCUGAAAGAAGAAUUCCAGCAUACUGCUUAUGCUACAAAUGCUUAUGUGACAACAGGUCCUCUCGCAAAGCAAGUAUUGUACGGGAAGAAGGCGGUUAAACUUGAAGUUCUUUGUGGCCAGAAAAAUAAUACAACUAAUUCAAAGACUCGAAAGCGCCUCAGAUCUAGCGGUUUGGAAUUCAUGCUUGACAAACUGCGGAAGGAACUUGCAUCCCGCGAUGGGGGGAUUUUUCCUCACUCAAUAUUAUCCACCCAGCAAAUUAGUGCACUGAGUGCAGAAAAGCCAAAAUCCAUGGAAGAGUUGGAGAGAAUCAUCGGGAAGUUGAAAGCUGAGAAAUAUGGGGAGGAAAUUCUUAAGGAAAUGAAUGAUUAUGAGGCCAACAACAAUCAGGUUGAAGAAGGCUUUUCAGGUGAGGAGCAGGACAGUAGUUCUGUUGCAAACAGGCCUGUUAGGAAGUUGAAAUGCAAGAACCCUCUUGUUGUUAUUGAAAGCAGUGGUGAUGAGACAUGAAAACAAAAAUUCAAAUUUUCUGUAUGUUCAAUAUUUUUAUGAUUAUUUAUUAGGUGACUCUGGAGAUGAGACACCUUGGGGAUGCUGUUAUAUAUCCAUCCAGGAUUUAAAAUGCAGUAACAUUUCAAUAUAGUAUGAUUAUGGGG